AUGGAAUUUUUACUCAACUUUAUUUGUGAUUCAAAAGAAAAGACCGAGAUCAUAGCUAGACAAACUAUCUUACAAAGUACUUUAAAACAGAUACUAAAAUAUCUUAAAAGACUUCCAAGAGCAGUAAUAUUCUUGAAAAAAGUAGGGAAAAAGGAAGCACCUGGAUACUAUGACGUUAUCAAGAAUCCAAUGGAUCUUGGAACCAUGGCAAAGAAAUUACCCUUAUACAGAAGCUUGGAUGAAUUUAGAGAUGAUAUUGAUCUGAUCAUAAAUAACUGCAUGAUCUAUAAUGCAGGGAUUGAAUAUUACAUUGAGUGUGCUAAUGACCUUAGAGCAGAGGCCAAUGCUCUUUUAAUGAAGCAUCAAAAAGUUUUUGCUAAAGAUCCCCAGCCAUUUACAAUUGAAGGUCUCGAAAUUGUUGAUUGUACACCACAACUCAGAAAUACUAUUUUGAAAUACCUAAAGCUUGUUGGCUUUGAAGCUGCAGAUAAACGAUGUCUUGAUAUUCUCUGUGAUGUGUUGAAAUACAGACUAUGCAAUUACAUUAAGCUUUCAACCAGUGAAGAGUGGAUAUAA